AUGCAGUACACUCCGUUUGUUUCAGACAUCGAACUCCCAUUCUACACAUCGCUUGCAUCGCAGAAGAUCAACCAUGACAAGCUAGAUGACUCUGCCAAAAGAGUACAAGGGCUCUAUGAGAUUCGCACAUCAGACGCCCCUGCUGCAUCAUGUCGAAUGCAGAUCUUGGGAAACGCACUCAACAGCGACCACGUCCCACCUGGCUAUUACAGAGCCGAAGGCACGAUCAAAAACUUCAACACCGUAGAAGAGUACAAAAAUGCAGAUAAGAUGCAGAUACUUCAGCAAGCUGGAAGAACCAUUUGGGAUGCCAUUAGGGAUGGCUCGAUACUAUCGAACCCGUCAAUCUUGUCAUCAUUUCUGAUUCUUUCAUUCGCGGACCUGAAGAAAUACAAAUUCCAGUACUGGUUCGCAUUCCCUGCAAUCACAUCUCAACCACACUGGGUUCCCGUGUCCGGGACCAGCUCAAGUGAUCAUGCUACCAGCCCUUCAAUUCCUGGCUCUAAAAAUUUGUCCGAGGCCGAAAGCUCGACGCUUGUUGAUACAGUACAGACUUGGAAGGCUAACACGGAUGUUCGGCAGCAUGGAUUUUUCCUAGUUCGAAAGGAGAAAAAGAAUACGGCAUCCGCUGGCCUAAAUACUCCCGAAUGGAAAGUAUCAUCGUUAGCGGACUAUGAAAAUGGCUUCUUUGAUGGCUUAGAACCUCAAUACCAAUACUUUGCUUUCGCUGACCCGUCGAAUUACCCCAACGCUCCGGGCUGGAUGCUGCGCAACCUCCUGGUGCUUUUACAACGUCGUUGGGGUCUUCAAAAGGCCCAGAUUCUUUUUUAUCGAGACAUCCAGUCUAAGCGGGAACUUGGACGGAGUUUGGCGGUUACACUACAGUUAGGCACCUCCCAAGAUGUUGAAGCUGCCCCUAAGUUGGCAUCUAGCGAGAUGCCUAAGAUUACCGGCUGGGAAAGAAAUAGCACAGGAAAACUCGCAGGACGAAUUUCUGACUUGACAGCAUACAUGGACCCUCGCAGAUUGGCCGAUCAAGCAGUAGAUCUGAAUUUGAAGCUGAUCAAAUGGAGGAUCAGCCCUGGCCUUGAUCUCGAUAAAGUCAAAGCAACGAGCUGUCUUUUACUUGGAGCCGGAACUCUAGGUAGCUAUGUUGCACGCAAUUUGAUGGGUUGGGGUGUACGGAAGAUUACUUUUGUGGAUAAUGGGUCGGUGUCCUUUUCUAAUCCAGUGAGACAACCCUUAUUUGAUUUCAAUGACUGUCUAGAUGGUGGAUCAAAGAAAGCUACAAGGGCCGCAGCAGCCUUGAAAGGGAUAUAUCCAGGAGUUGUGUCGGAAGGUCAUGUGUUUUCUGUCUUGAUGCCUGGUCAUCCAGUUACCGACGUUGCUCAGGCGGCUAAAGAAUUUGAGCUCCUUCGCAAAUUGAUCGAGGAGCAUGACGCCAUCUUCCUCCUCAUGGAUAGCAGAGAGUCGCGUUGGUUGCCAACUGUUAUGGGCAAGUCUCUAGGAAAGAUUGUAAUGAACGCCGCCUUGGGCUUUGACACAUUUGUUGCGAUGAGGCAUGGAGUGAAGCUUCAGUCGGCCAGCGAAGCGGAGCUUGGAUGUUAUUUCUGCAAUGACGUUGUUGCACCGAUGGAUUCUAUGAAGGACCAGACACUCGAUCAACAAUGCACAGUCACUCGACCAGGUGUCUCUGCAAUUGCAUCUGCGCUCCUGGUAGAGCUCUUUGUAUCCAUUCUGCAACAUCCCGAUGGAGCUGCUGCUCCUGCGCCAAUCACCGAAAAUCCCGAGCAAGGGGAUCAUCCUCUUGGCCUUGUUCCACAUCAAAUCAGAGGAUUCCUCUCUACAUUCUCCAAUAUUCCAAUCACUGGGAGAAGCUAUGACUGCUGUAGUGCAUGUUCCGACAGAAUCGUAGACACGUACAGAAAGGAUGGUUGGGAUUUUGUGCAGAAAGCAAUCAAUGACAAAGACUAUGUCGAGGAAUUGAGUGGCCUGAAAGAGGUGCAACGAAAAGCCGAGGAGAAUGUUGCUGAUAUCGAAUGGGAUGAUGACUCCGAGGGACUCAUUGAAGAUUAA